CAGGGCUUGCCGCGACGAUCGGCGACGAGCAGUAUGCGGUCUUCUAUGGUGGGAGCAACAUAUUUUUCAAAUUCAUACCGAUACAAGAUUCCGCCACUCUUGCAUAAAGGUGUAUGCUGCACGCAUCCUGCAGGGGGAACGAGGUGAUACAUAACAGGUGAAGAUAAACAACAGUCAGACGAUUCUGGUGGAGUGGGACUUCAGCUUCUCGACCGGCAAGCUUCGGAGAUGAAUUCAUCGAGAUAGUCGCGGAAUUAUUUCGAAAACGUACAAUUAUCGCGCCUUCUUCGGAGAUUUAUCGGUGACAAUAAGAAAGUCAGAAAGAGAAGAAUUUCGACAUCUGCAAGGUCACCCACGAGGAUUGACGAAUCGAUCAAUCAGAAACUCUGGGUUGAAACAGAAGAAAGUGAAAGGUCUGUGUUGAAAUUUAAAUCGGAAGUACGGAGGUGUCGAAAUCGUGUAUAAUUGACGGGAGUCGUUCGUCAAGAAUUACAUAGCAUUACGAAUCGCAACGUGCUAACCAAUUAAUUCCAUAAGCCGUCAUCGAGCUAGAAGCGGAUAUUUGCCUUCAUUGUCAGUCGCGACACGCAGCGACUGUUGAAUCGCUGACGAUAAAUCGUCUACCCUCGUGAUAUCACUUAUUCCACAACGAUACAGAAAACUGAACUAUAUCAAAAAUGAAGGAUCUCAUGUUAAUUUGGAAUAUUUUGUCGCGUUGUCGGAAUUAUUCGUCGGAUGAUGCCAAUUUUGAUUCCGAUAAAUCGGGCGAGCAAGAUGAGAUGAGAAGGGUGUCAGUUUCGAACAACAUUCGAAGGAAAUCUUCGGUGAUUGUGAACAGAUUCUUUAACACUACUCUACCAGUGCAUUCUGAUCGCAGAGGAAGAUGGCCAAAAAAUACCUUCACGUUGAUCAUUCUGGGUUUGCUUGGCAUCGCAUCCGGUUGUUUCAUACUACUAUAUCAUCCCUACGAGUUACUCUACAAAUGGAAAAUAACAUUCAGUGAUGGAGGCGAGAUCUUCGAAUUGUGGCGAACACCUCAAGUUGAUCUCUAUGUGAAAAUCUACCUAUUUAACGUGACAAAUCGCGACGAAUAUCUAGAUGGUCGAGAGACCAAGCUGCGAUUUCAACAAGUUGGUCCUUAUGUGUACAAAGAAAAUUUCAAGCAUACAAAUAUAGUUUUCAAUGAUAAUGGUACGUUAUCGACGAAACCAGUACAUCCAUUGAAAUACAUCCCAGAAUUGAGCAAUGGUACGGAAGAAGAUCUCGUAAUAAUGCCAAAUAUCGCCUUGUUCAGUAUUACAAAUGUGAUGAAAGACGCCUCGUACCUAUCCAGAUGGGGACUCAACGUGUUGAUCCGUCAAACGGACACCCAUCCUCUGGUUGAAAUGACUGCACGCGAGUUCAUGUUCGGCUAUCAAUCGACCCUCGUUACCCUCGGCAAUCAUGUGAUGCCUACCUGGAUCAAAUUCGAUAAGCUGGGAUUAAUCGAUAGAAUGUACGAUUUUGACGGUGAUUUUGAAACCAUUUACACGGGAGAGACCGAUAUCCGAAUGACAGGCUUGAUUGAUAAAUACAACGGAGACGUAAAUCUACCGCAAUGGACCGGAAAAUGCGCAAAUGUGAAUGGAGCUAGCGAUGGCGUCAAAUUUCCAAGCUAUAUUGAACCGAACGAUACGCUCCUCUUCUUUCGCAAGAGCUUGUGCCGUAGCGAACGAUUGGUACGAAUCGGAGAGAAGGAAAUAAAGGGUUUGCAUACAUAUCAAUAUGCAUUUCUAGAAAAUGAAUUGGACAACGGAGCAGUAAAUCCAGAGAAUAAAUGCUUCUGCCGCCAAGGGCAUUGUUUGAAAUCCGGCUUAAUUGAUGUGACCGAUUGUUAUUAUGGAUUUCCUAUCGCCCUAUCAUAUCCACAUUUCUAUAAAAGCGACCCAUCAUUGUUGGAGGCUGUCGAAGGAUUACAACCUACAAAGGAUUUACAUGAAUCCUAUUUCUUUAUUCAGCCAAAAUCCGGGGUACCUGUGGACAUAGCAUUCCGAUUCCAAAUCAAUAUGGCUCUACAAGAUAUCGGACACAUGGCUAGAGUGGAAAAAUUCAGCGAUUUAACUCUUCCAUUACUAUGGUUUGAAAUCGGAAUGUAUGACUUACCGACCAAGAUGCGUUUGCGUUUCUGGUUUUAUUUAAAUGCCUUGCCAAUUAUGGAAGAAGUAGCUUUGUAUUUAAUGUUUUUAUCCGGCGUGAUGCUACUCGUUUGGUGCGUAAUAAGGAUAGUAUCUUAUCAGGCAAACAGAUCGCCGGAGAAAGGAUUGGAAAGGGAAACCAAAAUAAGACGAAAACGCGCCGAGAAGGAUAAAGGUGUCGAUCAAAAGACCAGAGAGGCAGAUGCCUAUAGUUCGCUCCUGAUACUCGGUGAUGCAAAUUUAACAUUAGUGUAAUAAAUCAGUGCUUUAACGCAUAACGCAUGAACAAGCAAAACAUUAUUGUUUUCGAUAGCUUUUUGGCUCAAUUUAGAAUUUUUUUAUUAGUUAGAUAAAUUAGACUAGAUUUUUUAUUAGCUAGAAUUGUUU